GUCAACGACGACGACGACGACGACGACGACGACGACGGUACCGAUAGCGACGACGACGGCAUAGACAGAGACCAACAUAAAGAGCGAGAUCACAGUCAUGCUCGUGUCACCAGGCAGCUCCGCCCUCUCAGCUACCCGCCGGUCCACCCUUCUCUCCACUUUCCAGGCCACUUUGCCCAAUCUCAUCUCUCUGGAUGCCGUUCAUCUCCAUCUCGUCGCUGCUACCAGCUCCGAAGCCUCCGUCGCACUAGCAAAGGAUGACACUCCCCAGCGCAAGAUCCUCGAAUCCCUCUUGAGUUAUGGAGAUGACGAUCGGCUGUCUACUACAUCGUCAUGGAUCUCCUCUGGUAUGCCCUCACCCGACAAGACGACUCUCGUCCUCUACGUUCUCCCUCGAGCAGGAACCAUCUCUCCUUGGUCUUCCAAAGCUACCGACAUUGCCAAACUAUGUCGUCUGGCUGAUUACGUCUCGCGAAUAGAACGGGGUACACUUUACAUCUUCACUUCCUCAGCUCCCAUCAUUUUACCGAACCUCUCGCCUCUCCUUCAUCUCAUUCAUGAUCGUAUGACUCAACUGGUCCAUACCUCCCUUCCCCCCUCCGACGUCAUCUUUCCGCCUACACCUCCGAGACCGAACGCAUUGGUGACCGUCCCUAUCAUCGGUGCCGAGGACCCGAUCGCUCUUCUAGGAGAAGCUAACGCCCGACUUGGUCUAGCCUUAUCAGAUGCUGAGAUACCAUACCUGGUCGAAUCAUUCACUACGGCUGGAAGGAAUCCCACCGACGCCGAGCUUUUCAUGUUUGCUCAAGUCAAUUCUGAGCAUUGCCGACAUAAAAUCUUUAAUGCCAAGUGGACUGUGGACGGUAAAGAACAAGAUCACAGUUUGUUCGGAAUGAUCAGGAACACUGAAAAGAUCAUUUCUUCACUCGGUACUCUGUCAGCAUAUGAGGAUAACGCAGCUGUCAUGCAAGGUUACAAAGCCCCUCGGUUCGCUGUUGAAAACGAAGGUUUAUAUGGCAAAAACGAGGAGGAUAUGCCCAUCCUCAUCAAGGUCGAAACACAUAACCAUCCCACUGCGGUAUCACCUUUCCCCGGUGCGGCGACGGGAUCAGGUGGCGAGAUUCGAGAUGAAGGAGCUACGGGUAGAGGAUCGAAGCCUAAAGCUGGUUUGUCAGGAUACACCACAUCGGAUCUUCUUAUCCCCGGCUUCACUCAACCUUGGGAAUCGGACAUUGGCAAACCAUCACAUAUCGCUUCCGCUUUGGAUAUCAUGCUUGAAGCUCCUCUCGGAGCAGCCGCAUUCAACAAUGAAUUUGGUCGACCAGCGCUAGGAGGUUACUUCCGCACAUUCCUCAUGUCAACGCCCACCGCAAACGGAGCCGAGUGGAGAGGUUAUCACAAACCGAUCAUGAUUGCCGGAGGGCUGGGCAACGUCCGUCCUAGCUUUGCCCGGAAGGAUAAGAUUACUGCAGGGGCGAAGGUGAUCGUGUUAGGUGGUCCAGGGAUGUUGAUUGGUCUCGGUGGGGGUGCGGCGAGCUCCAUGGCUAGCGGUGCGAGUUCAGCCGAUCUCGACUUCGCAUCUGUGCAGAGGGAUAAUCCGGAGAUGCAACGGAGAUGUCAGCAGGUGAUUGAUGCUUGUGUCAACCGAGGGGAUGUGGUGGGUAAUCCUAUCCAAUCUAUUCAUGAUGUCGGUGCUGGUGGAUUGUCUAAUGCCCUUCCGGAAUUAGUACAUGAUUCUGGGUUAGGAGCUGUUUUUGAGAUAAGGGAUGUGUUGGUGGAUGAUCCUGGAAUGUCGCCGAUGGAGAUAUGGUGUAACGAGUCACAAGAGAGGUAUGUGCUUGCGGUGUCGCCUGAAAAUCUAUCAAUCUUCGAAGAGAUAGCCAAGAGAGAACGAUGUCCUUACUCUGUGGUCGGUACAGCCACGGCCGAAGAUAGAUUAGUAGUGACUGAUCGAUUUCUGGGUGAAAACCCUAUCGAUAUUCCAAUGUCUGUCUUAUUUGGUAAACCACCAAGAAUGCAUCGUCACGCCAUCACUUCCACUCCCCCUCGAGAACCGUUCGAUCCCUCUCUUUUCACCUACCUACCAACCUACAAGGGUGCACCCACCACGUCUCUCCUCGCUGAAACAAUCAACCGAGUGCUUCGUCUACCAAGCGUCGGAUCGAAAAGUUUUCUCAUUACCAUCGGCGACCGUAGUAUCACCGGUCUGGUCGCACGUGAUCAGAUGGUAGGACCUUGGCAAGUACCCGUAGCCGACGUCGCUGUCACUCGUGCAUCAUAUGGUUUCGACGUUAUCGUCGGAGAAGCAAUGGCAAUGGGUGAACGUACCCCUUUGGCAUUGAUCAAUGCUGGUGCUUCUGCUCGUAUGGCGAUAGGAGAAGCUCUCACCAACUUGGCAGCUGCAUCCAUCGAAAGUAUAAGCAAAGUGAAAUUAUCUGCCAAUUGGAUGUCUGCCGCUUCACACGAAGGAGAAGGAGCGAAAUUAUACGAAGCUGUUCAUGCUGUCGGUAUGGAACUUUGUCCUGCUUUAGGUGUAGGUGUACCAGUAGGAAAAGAUUCAAUGUCAAUGUCUAUGCGUUGGACAGAGAGAGAAAAACAAAAAGAAGUGAUAGCUCCAUUAUCACUCAUAGUUACAGCAUUCGCUCCUUCGGAUAAUGUGGAUAAAACUUGGACACCUCAAUUACGAACCGAUGUAGGACCUACCGUACUUGUAUUUGUCGAUUUAGCUAGAGGAAAACAACGAUUAGGUGGUAGUGCUUUAGCUCAAGUUUUCAAACAACUCGGUUCGGAAAGUCCAGAUGUUGAAAUGGCAUCUGAUCUCAAAGCGUUUUUUACGACUUGUCGAAUUCUAAAAGAAUCCAAUACCAUCUUAGCUUAUCAUGAUCGAUCAGAUGGUGGAUUACUCACUACUUUAGUCGAAAUGUCUUUCGCUGGUCGUGCAGGAUUAGAAAUCUCUCUUGAUGCGAUCGCAUCAGGUGGACAAGGAGAUCCAAUCGCUUCUUUGUUUAAUGAAGAACUAGGAGCUGUAUUUCAAGUUCGUACUUCUGAAUUAUCAUUAGUAACGGAUUCUUUUAUCAAAUCUUCUUUCCCAACUCAACAUAUUCAUGUUAUCGCUAAAGUUCUACCGAAAGAAGAUCAAUCUUUAACUUUCAUCCAUCGAUCCGAAGCUAUUUACACAUCAACUCGAGGGGAAUUACAAAGUCUUUGGGCUGAAACGUCGUAUAAACUUCAAUCGAUCCGUGACGAUCCUAUUUGUGCUAAAGAAGAAUACGAUUCAAUACUCAAUGAUGAAGAUCCAGGAAUAACAUAUCGAAUCCCUUUCGAUUUCUUACCUUCACCUUUUAUCAAAUCAGAUAUGAAAUUAUCUAUUCCUCCCAAAGUUGCGAUAUUGAGGGAACAAGGUGUCAACGGUCAUGUGGAAAUGGCAUACGCUUUUCAUGCUGCUGGUUUCGAUUCGAUAGAUGUUCAUAUGUCCGAUAUACUUUCAGGUCGAUUAUCUCUUGAUGCUUUUUCAGGAUUAGCGGCAUGUGGUGGAUUUUCUUAUGGUGAUGUUUUAGGUGCUGGAAAUGGUUGGGCUAAAUCCGUUUUGUUAAACGAAAGAGCAAGAGGAGAGUUUAGUCGUUACUUUAAGAAUGAGAAAACUUUCGCUUUGGGUGUUUGUAAUGGUUGUCAAUUCUUUUCUCAAAUAAAAGAGAUAAUACCUGGUGCGGAAGAUUGGCCGGAAUUUAAGAAGAAUAAAAGUGAAAGGUUUGAAGCUAGAGUGACUUUGGUUGGGAUUUCAGAACCAUCUUCUUCCGCCGGAAAUACUUCUUCGACCGAUCCUUCUCCUCCGACUACUUCUACAUCGCCUUCGCCUACCGCCACUUCUGCUAUCAUCGACACCGAACCUAUCAAAUCCAAUGUCAAGACGGGGAGUAAACCAAAAUCGGUAUUUUUCAAACAAAUGAACAAUUCUCUCCUUCCUGUGGCAGUAGCACACGGAGAAGGUAGAGCUUCUUUCGUUCGUACAGGCUCUCUACAAGGGUUGGAACGUGAUCAUUUGAUCGUAGCUAGAUACAUGACCUCGAAUGGAGAAAUAACGGAGAAAUAUCCCGCAAACCCAAAUGGUAGUCCUGGAGGAAUAGCAGGUGUGAUUAACAAAGACGGAAGGGUUUUAGCUAUCAUGCCUCAUCCGGAAAGGGUGGUCAUGUUGGGAAGUAACAGUUGGUAUCCUGAAAACUUGUAUGGUCCCCAAACGACCGUUGGGGAAAACGAAGGUUCGUAUGGAUCAAAGGCAAACGUCGGGAAAGUAGAAAGUGGAGAGGAAAGGAGAGAAAGAAGAGGACCUUGGUUUAGGAUGUUCCAAAAUGCUUAUGAUUUCGUACGAGGGGAAGGAGAAGAAUGAAUUCAAGAUGUGGAAACAUCGUGACGCAGCGGUAUCUCCGGGUUGGUAUGGCGAUAAAAGUGGAAGUGUGGGUUGGGGACUGUGACGAUCAGAACAAAUGAAGGGGGGGGGGGGGGGGGGGUGAAAAUAUCAAAAAAGAAAAAAGAAAGUAAAUGUCGAUACGAAGUGAUACUCACAACACGAUUCGUUGCUUUGUCUGUUGGAUCAAAUUGGGUUAGCUGAAGACUAGGAAUGCAUCUUGUCUUGAUC